AUGGCCUGGGACGACAUGCAGGAAUUGGCCCCCAGGACAGCCCGCUCAACCUACACCCAUCGAAUCCUCGGCAUGCAGCUUGAAGCGCGGAGGCGAAUCCGGAAGCAAUACGGCCAGCCGGAAUUCGAUGGGGACACCGGAAAUGAGGGCGUCGACGAGAACCUGCUCCAAUUUGAUGGUGGUCAACAGUGCAGGCCUGUUGGGCCACUGGGACCUCCCGGGAAGCGCGGUUUCAAUGGGACACCCGGGAAUCGUGGAUUGCCGGGACGUGUCGGAGGCCCCGGAAGCGAUGCCGAAUAUUGUCCAUGCCCGCCCAAAGGCCAGCAACAAGUCCUAGAAGUCAAAGAGUAUGGUGCGGACUUUCCGCCAAACGACAUUCCGGCCGUAUCCCAUCCGGCUGCCGAACCCCAACACUACCAUCAACUUUUGGCUACCCAGGAUAAUUAUGGUAUCGUGAACCUGCCAGAAACUCCUGAAGUCAAUCCGGCUGCUAAGAACCAGGAGGAUAGGAUCCGAGAAGAGCCGGAAAUGAGCGAAACGAAAGGGAAAGUGGCCAUUGUUGGGUGCGGGUUGAUCGGCUCCUGCUGGGGCGCCAUGUUCGCCUCGGCCGGGUACUCGGUAGCGGUCUAUGAGAUCAACGACUCAUUGGCCCAAGCGGGUGUUGGACGGAUACGCGGGAAUCUCAAUACUAUGCAGAAAGAGCAACUUAGCCGGGGUAAGUAUACGAUUGAAGAAGCUAUGGCCCAGGUGACGAGAACGGUCGAUUUGGCCGAGGCACUACAUGGCGCAAUUUAUGUACAGGAAUCCACAAUGGAGAGCGAAACCUUCAAAAAAGAUAUCUUCUCCAAAAUGGACGCCAUCGCCGGACCGGAAACGAUUCUGGCAAGCAGUACAUCUACCAUUCCGGCGUCGACCUUCACGGAGACGCUCAAGAAUCGAAGCCGCUGCCUUGUCGUCCAUCCCGUCAACCCGCCACUAUACCUCAGCUUGACGGAGGUGGUCCCAGCCCCCUGGACAGACGAGAUCAGCGUCGCAAAAACGGUCGAGUUGAUGAAGGACAUCGGGCAGACCCCAGUCCGUUUGAAUCGAGAAGUACUCGGUUUUGCCGUGAAUCGACUUCAAUAUGCCUUGCUCGCUGAAGCUUGGCGACUUGUGAAAGACGGGGUAUUGGACCCGGAAGAUGUAGAUAAGGUAAUGAGCGAGGGACUAGGACCGCGCUACGCCUUCCAGGGACCUCUACAAACGAUUCAUCUAAACGCGUUAGGUGUCGAAGACUACUGCAACCGUUAUGCAGCCGGAAUCCGCCGUGUCCUGGCGGAUAUGGGCCCGACUCCCAGCUUUGAAGAGCCAGAAGUGAUCGAAAAAAUUUCACUGAGCAUGCGCACCAGUGUCCCAGACCAUCCCGCAGCCCUCGAGCAGCGCAAAACGAACCUGGCCCGACUUGCCAAGCUGAAAAGAGAA